GGAGAGCAUUCGGCAUCAUCAGCUGUUCGAGGUUGGACUCUCAUUGCUGGAAGUCGGAGCUGAAGGAGUCACAUGACAGAACUGGAGGCAGGGAGCUAGAGAGAGGGAAAGGCUCAGCAUUCCGCCUCGCACCGCCAUACUGUAGCCUCUUUUGAGCCAUUUCACAUUUUUAUUGCAACAUUUUACUCCCGCUCGGUGAGUACACUUCCACUGGCUAUUUUUUUUUUCUGUUUUUAUAAACAAAAACAAUUUUUUUUGGUCUUCUAAAUUCACCCCCUUCUUUUUCUUUUUUCCUUUUUUUGGGUUGUUUUUCCUCCUUUUGCUGGUGUUUGAAUUGAGCAUUUGCGUUGCUGGUUUGAAGCGUUUUUUCACCCCCCACCUCUACAGUCAGUCCAUCCAGGCUUCAAGUUUUCAGCAUUCGGUGAUUCAGAUCGAGAGGGUAUAAAGAAAACGAGCGCGUUAUCGGUCUCUGAGAAAGCCUCUCACUUUGCUUGCAGUUUUGCAGAAACCGAGCAGAUUUUAUCAGUACAGAGAUUUUUCUUUUUCCUGCGCAUUUACUGGUGGGUUUUGGGACAUUUUUUUUUAUUAUUUUGAUUUUUUUUUUUUUUUUUUUUUUUUUUUGGUUUUUGUUUUCUGUCGACUUUUGCUGUGGCUUUGGUUUGCAUUUUGGCAGUGUGGUUUGUGAUUUUGAUGAAUCUCGCCGGUGAAACCUCUCGCUUUCACUUUGUUGCUCUUUUCUUUGUCUUUCACCAAAAAAAGAAACAAGGCAAUCCUUUUUAAAUCCCCUCUCUGACGUUUUAACCUGACACUUUUCUUGCAGCUGAGCUCACAGGUUUGUGCUUUUUGUUUGAUCUCUUUUUCCCCCCUAUUUCCUGUUGUACUCUUGCAGAUGGCAGUGUCAAGUAUUUUUGGAUGUAAUUUUUUCUUACUAGAUUCUUGGGAGAGUUCAAUGCGUUUUUCUUGUUUUCUAUUUCAACGAGGAUGAACAGACAUUUUCCCAUUUACAGGAGGGCAACUGGAGGAGAAUGACUGGUAAAACCCAGACCAGCAACGUGACCAAUAAGAAUGAUCCUCGUUCCCUCAACUCCAGAGUCUUCAUCGGGAACCUCAACACAGCCAUCGUUAAGAAGACCGACAUAGAGGUCAUCUUCGCCAAGUACGGCAAGAUAGUGGGUUGCUCUGUGCAUAAAGGUUACGCGUUUGUACAGUACAUAAACGAAAGGAACGCCCGAGCCGCCGUGGCAGGAGAAAACGCCCGGAUCAUUGCUGGACAGCCUCUAGACAUAAACAUGGCGGGCGAGCCCAAGCCUUACAGGCCCAAAGGCGGCUCCAAGCGGCCGCUCUCAGCUGUUUACAGCGGUUACGAGUUUGAUUACGAAUACUACAGGGAUGAUUUCUACAGCAGGCUUUUCGACUACCAUGGCAGAGUCGCCCCCCCACCCAGAGCUGUGAUCCCCCUGAAACGCUCCAGGGUCCUCGCUCCUUCCUCUCGCCGUGGGAAGACUUCCUUCCCUGUCAAAACAUCCUCCUCUUCUUCCUCUUCAUCCUCCAGACCUCCAACAUCAUCAUCCUCCUCCUCAGGUGUCAAAUUGAAGACGGACCAGCUCCAGACCAUUAAACGAGAGCUCACCCAGAUCAAAAUGAAGAUCGACUCUUUACUGGGACGCCUGGAGAAGAUUGAGAAGCAGCAGAGGACAGAAUCCGAGGUUCAAAGAAAAUACGAAGACAACUGCGACUCCCUGCAUGAGGAGUCUGUGUCAGAGACAGCAGAAAACUCUGGGGAGGAGGCAGGCGAGGGCGCGCUGGAAGUGGAGGCGGGCGAGAUGACCGAUGGAGGGGAGGACGACUACGACGAGGAGGGCAGCCACCAUCUGAUAGAGAACCACGUGUCGGACAUCGACAACUGAGAUAAGGGCAAAGAUUCAAGCUUCCCUGGUUGUAGGUUUUAGAUUUCAUCACCACCUUCGAGAGGCAGAAUGAAAGGCAUUUGUGAAAGAUGGGGAUUCUGGGACUGUAAGUUGUGUUUUGGAGACGCCAAGUCAUGUUUGCAGCACAAACUGUUCAAGUAAAUUUACCCAAGACCUGUUUUAACGUUUUUCUCCUGGAGUUUACUUCAAAAAGCAGCUUGUGUCACGCGGCACGAAAGGAAACAGGAAGAUUUAUAAAUAUUUGUUGAUGCUUUUAUGAAAUGUGCUUGCGCUGUAAUCUUACUACUCCUUUCUUUAGGCGUUUUUAUUUCUCAAACAUCAAAUGAAUAAAUGAAGGUAAGGACAAUCUCCGGUCGUAGCGUGGUGUUCAGAAAAUAAAUGAGACACCGCCGCCGUCUGCUUUUGGAUUUGGACUCAUGCAUAAGCCAAUAGCUGUGAGCAAAACGCCAUCCAGCUUUAUCCAUUUAUCACACAAGCGUCCCUGUGGGGCUGUUCCACCGUGCUUCUCCGCUCCUGCCAAGUUUCAGAAGCUGCGAGGGCUUCCUGUGGCAGAGCGAGCCAACCCUGGCAGGGACCUCCUGAUGGGGAAGCAGGGCGCCGCUCGGCCCCGCGCAUCCCAACAUGCACUGCUGCUGUUCUCCCGCUUCAUCUCCGUCAUUCUGCACUGAUUCACAGCAUCUCAUUCAGGCGAGUGAGCGAAGCUUUCAAAAUGAUCGAGGGUUUGUUUGUUUUUUCAUGUGUAAGGGCCAGACUAAGAAAAUCAAAAAAUAUAUGAAUAAAAGUCAUAAUAUUAUGGAAAUAAACAAGAUUAAAACCAUAGUAAUAUUACAACUUUAUUCUCAUUGCAACUUUAUUCACAUAUUAUUUCAACUUUAUUUUUGCAAAACUGCGACUUUAUUCUCCUGCAGUUUUAUUGUCAGAAUUUUAUUAUCUUAACCUCAUAAUAUUAUUUAAACUUUAUUCUCUUAAGUUCACAUUAUUUUGACUUCAUUUUUUAUGACUUUAUUGUCAUGCAAGUUUAUUUUCAUAAUAAGACUUUAUUAUUAGUUUAUUGAGACUUAAUUCUCAUUACAACUUUAGUCACAUUUUUUCAACUUCAUUUUUUACUUUAUUCUCAAAUUUAUUCCCAUAAUUUACAGGUUAAAUUAUGUUGUAUUCUUAAGUAAAAUACAAAUUUCUCUUCUUAAAAUGAAAUUAAAAUAGAUUUUUUUUACCACUUUGUAGCCAUUAGUUUCUUAAAAUAAAUUAAGAGAAGCAGAUGUUGAAACUUUAAAGCAGAAUGUAAAGAAAAGCUCACUUCUCUCACUUUCAUGAACAAACCCAUCAGUCCUCGCAGUGCUGCCAAAAAACUGCUUAAAAAAUAAUGAACUGCCUUCAGCUCAUUCAGUGUCUGUUUAAUAAUGAUAAAGUGUAAUAUUUAGCACUAUUUUUGUAUCAGGACACAUUUAUUGAGAGAGAUCUGGUUCAUGUUUUCUUUAUUUUGUUUUUUUAUUAAGCAGUACGGUGAUGCAUCACAUCUUUUGCAAAUAAAAAUAAUCACACUCACAAAGAAAAAGAACAACUUCAAAAAAAGAAAACACUCCUUUCUUUCAUCUGUCAUCGUUUAUCUGGGUCACUUCGGAGCGUUUCUGGCUCAUCGCGUUCACAUUCGCUGUAAUUAAUCCCUUCCAUGUUUAUUUCAGCCGACGACGACUUGUAGCAAAGUGACGCUGUGCUGACAGUUUGUUGAAAACUGGCUCGCUCCAGUAUUGUGGGACUUGUAGAGACGUGUAAGUGACAACUGUUGUAUAGAAAUGUACAUUUUUUUGUAAAGAUAUUUUUAUCAAACGGCAUGUUUACUGUAACUUUGUAUUUUCAGUUUUCAUUAUUACUCUAACUGUUGUGAGGCUGCUGGAGUCAUUGUCCUUGUAGAUAACUUUGUGUUCUUAUUGGUGAAUAAAACUAUGUGUCCUGUAUUUAAAUCUA